AUGGCGCGGGCCGGGGCGCAGGGGCUGCGGCUCGCGCUGGGGCUGGCGCUGCUGCUGGCGCGGCCGCCGUCGGGCCAGGCGGGCGCCCCCGAGGCGCAGGAGCCCGCGGCGCCCGGCACGGCGGCCCCCGCGGGGGGCGACCGCUGCCGCGGCUACUACGACGUGAUGGGCCAGUGGGACCCGCCCUUCAACUGCAGCUCCGGCGCCUACAGCUUCUGCUGCGGCACGUGCGGCUACCGCUUCUGCUGCCACGACGGGCCGCGGCGCCUCGACCAGAGCCGCUGCUCCAACUACGACACGCCGGCCUGGGUGCAGACCGGCCGCCCGCCCGCGCGCGCGCGCGACCCCGCCGCGCCCCGGGACCCGGCCCGCGAGCGCAGCCACACGGCCGUCUACGCGGUGUGCGGCGUCGCGGCGCUGCUGGUGCUGGCGGGCAUCGGGGCGCGCCUGGGCCUGGAGAGGGCGCACAGCCCCCGCGCGCGGCGCGCCGUGACCAGGACACUGACCGAACUGCUGAAACAGCCAGGCCCCCAGGAACCACUGCCUCCACCUCUGGGCCCACCGCUGGGCAGCUGUGUCCAGGUGCAGAUGGGUGACGGGCUCCCCGGGGGGUCCCCCCACAACAGUUCAGAUAAGAAACGCCCCAACCACGCACCUCUGGGGUCAGCCGCUUCGGGGCCACUCCGCGGCCCCCGGCUGCAGGGCGGAGGCAGCUUGACGCUGCAGCCUGACUACGCCAAGUUCGCCACCCUCAAGGCCGCCGCGCUCACCCUCAAGGCCGCAGACGCCCGCCCGCCCGACUUCUACCCGCGUUUCCCCGCGGCCGAGCCGGCGCCGCUGGCCCUCCCGGCGCGGCCCCCGCAGGACUUGCCGGUGCUGCUGGACGCCUGCCCCUGGGCCCCGCCGGGCUACGCGCCCCCCGCCGGCCCCGCGCCGUCGGGCCACUACAGCGCCUGGACGGCCGGCCGCGCGCCCCGCGCCGCCCCCCGCGGCCCCCCCGCGGCGCCCGCCUCCCCCGCGCCCCGGCGGCCCGGCCGCGCGCCCCGGCGCCAGUUCAGCGCCGAGAAGCUGCCCGACGCCUUCGGCCCCCCCCCCGGCCGCCACGGCAGCGCGGGCCGCGGGCCCCGGCACCUGAGCACGAACAGCAAAGCCGAGGUCACCGUGUGA